CAACUUUGAUUUUUUGGUUUUUUUCUUUUUCAACAAUGGAUCGUUGGUACAACAAAGUCGCCGUUGUGACAGGUGCCAGCAAAGGCAUAGGUGCUGCCAUAACACAGGCUUUCCUGAAGAAUGGUAUCCAAGUUGUAGGUCUGGCUAGACACAUAGAACCUAUGGAGCAGAUGAAGAAAGAAUUACCUGCAGAACUGCAACACAAGUUUAGUGCUCUAAAAUGUAAUGUCUCCGAUUUGCAUUGGGUGAAUGAAGCAUUUGACGAAAUUGAGAGCAAAUGCGAUGGCAUCGAUAUACUUGUUAACUCAGCUGGGUUGUUUCAUCCACAGUCACUUCUAAACGGUGACAUCAGUUUCAUACAAGAAAUGCUGCUAACCAAUGUUAUGGGUGUGGUCCAUUGCAACCAAAGAGCCUACAAAUCUAUGAGAGAUCGUAAUUUCGAUGGUCAUAUCUUUAUUAUAAACAGUAUUGGAGGCCAUAAUAUACCCAUAGCACCCAAAGAGGUCCCACCCAUGGUGGGCAUGUACGUUGCAUCCAAGUGGUCUUUAAAAGCAAUGGCGGAAAUUUAUAGACAAGAAUUUCGUCACUUUGAUACAAAAAUUAAAAUCACUACCAUAAGUCCUGGUGCAACGGACACACCUUUCCUUGAUAACUAUCUAAGGGACUAUACGGAUGGAAAUUUUUUGAAUGCUGAAGAUGUGGCCCAUAGCGUGCUAUAUGCCCUUGGCACACCAACACAUGUGCAGGUUCAUGAUUUGAUUGUUAAACCGGUGGCCGAAUUUGUUCUUUAGUAUCUCACUGUGUUAUUCCUUGUGGUUAUUAUUGGGGGGUAAAAAAAUAAAACAAGGCAAAAUCUGGGUA